GUGGUGGUUGCACGAUGCAGCGAUUCGCGCUUGUGCUGUUGGCCGCGACAGCGUCAGGCUUUGAGCUUCUCGAGGCGAGCGCCACGCAGUGCCUUACGGUCGACAACUGCCUCUCCGUGCCCUGCUAUACGAGCGCGUGCGCCAACGGCUACUGUCAAUACACUCAGGUGCCCAUAAAAACCAAGUGCCCAAAACAAAGUUGCUCGAACGGGUCGCCGUGCGACGACGAUGAUAAUGACUACUGCAACUCCAAGGGCGAGUGCAUCAACGCGUACAAAAUGACCGGUACCAAGUGCCCGGGCAAGAGCUGCUCCAACGGCGGCGCCUGCGACGACGACGCGAACGAUUAUUGCGACAGCCGCGGCGAGUGCCUAAGUGCCUACAAGACCUCGCGCGACACGUGCCGGGCGUCCACUGGGGAGUGCGAUGUCGCUGAGAAAUGUACCGGGUCGUCGGGCACGUGCCCCCCGGACAAGUUUGUCAAGAAGGGGGCGCUCUGCUCUGGUACAUCCGCGUACGGUGCCUGCGACGGCCAAGAUGUCUGCGACGGCAAUGGCAACUGCCUCGACGUCUACUUGCCAUCGAGCACCGUAUGCCGUAAAGCGGCAUCGACGUGCGAUGUUUCCGAAAGCUGCACCGGUACUUCUGGUGCCUGCCCUGCCGACACGUACGCUAGUGCGACCACGCCGUGCGUGGGUGUCUCCAACGCUGGUUCCUGCGACGACCAAGACUACUGCGACGGCAGCGGCAAGUGCGUCGACAAGUACAAGUCGUCGAAUGUCGUGUGUCGUGACACCACGGGCGUCUGUGACGUCGCCGAAAAGUGCACAGGUACCUCGAGUACGUGCCCUGCUGACGUCUUUGCCAACGCCGCGACACUGUGCAGUGGUGCUUUCAACGACGGUGAAUGCGACGGCGUCGACCAUUGUGACGGCAAAGGCAAGUGCCUCGAUGUCUUCGUACCGUCCGCCACCGUGUGCCGGGCGGCGGCUACCCCGUGCGACGUUGCCGAGUAUUGUACGGGGACCGCGAGCAAGUGUCCCGUCGAUGCCUUUGCGAGCUCCAAGACCAAAUGCACAGGUACGUGCAACGGCAACCCGUGCGACGGUGACGACUUCUGCGACGGCAACGGCGCCUGCGUCGACGGGUACCUCCCCGAGGGCACGGUCUGUGGCAACACGGCAAAUGGACCUUGCACGAUUGCAGCCGUCUGUACGGGCGACAUGGGGUUUUGCCCCCCCGACAGCUACGCCGACGCGAGCGUGACGUGCUCCGGACAGAGCUCUGGCAACGUCUGCGACGGCAUCGACAAAUGCGACGGCAACGGCAACUGCGCCGACCGCUUCCUGAAAAACGUCGUGUGCCAAAAGCCCGUCGGGUAUGCACGCCCGACGUACUGCAACGGCAAGCAAGCAACGUGCCCCGUCGCGUAUCUCGACACCAACUUGCGCGAGGAAGCGGCACCGGAGCUCGUGGCGACGCACACCAAUGCGGCACCGGCCUUUCUUCUCGGCCUUCUUUGCGCGGCGGCAGUCGGGGUCGCGUUUGUCACGAUGCGGUCGAGCCAUGGGCCCAUCGAGCACGAUGGGUACUUUGCCAUGUGAGAAAAAAGAGGCCGACUCGGAUCCUGAACUGGCACGACAUCGUAUCGUGUAUUUUCGCAAUCAAAUCAAAUCUUGUAUUUCCA